AUGUCGAAACUCUUUGUCGUCUUCGGAGCUACCGGACAGCAGGGCGGCUCUUUGAUCAACUAUCUGAUCCAUCACCCGGAAUUCUCAAAGACCUUUCGAGUCCGCGGGAUCACCCGUGAUCCUUCAAAGCAGGCUGCUAAGGACUUGAGUGAGAAAGGGGUCGAAAUUGUGCGAGCAGACCUUAGCGAUCCCAAGACACUGGCCCCUGCGCUUGAAGGCGCGUAUGCCGUCUUUGCAGUAACCAACUAUUGGGACACGGGAAGCCAUGAAGCUGAAGAAGCUCAAGGCAAAGCUGUGGCAGACGCAGCAUUGGCAGCCGGUGUCUCGUUGAUCAUUUGGUCCUCGCUUCCCAAUAUAACCAGAGUCACAGGGGGAAGGGUAACAAAUUUUGUCCACUUCGACAGCAAAUCGAGGGUUGAGGACUAUAUUCGUACGCUGGGAUUCCCAAGCAGUGUGUUCUACUUGCCCGGCUGGUACAUGCAAAACUCGAAGCACCCUCUGUUUCCUCCACCCACCACGAAUCCCGAUGGAACCGUUGUACUUCCAUAUGCGUGGCCCGAUGAACUGGAGAUGCCAUAUAUUGAUGUGACUGAUACAGGCAAAUACCUGGCACCUGCCAUUGGCGAUCCCGCUAAGUAUAAUGGGAAGCAACUCAUUGGAGCAACCGCUUUCUACAGUUCCAAGGAAGUUGCAGAUACUUGGUCUCGUAUCACUGGAAAGAAAGUGAGACAUGCCACCCCCGAAGAGCUUCCCGUGUCGUCGGGCAGCUUUAUGGAGGAUAACGUCAUUCGACCGAACCCGUUCCUGACAGAUACGGGUUAUUACGGGCCUACUGGUCGUGCAGAGCUAGAAUGGCUUCACUCGCAGUUGGAUCCGGCGGAUAAGCUGACAACUUGGGAGGAGUAUGUAAAGGCGAACGGACCGUGGUUCAGUGCUUAA